AUGCUCGGAAGUGAUACUUACAAUAAUAUAGAGAGCAUUUGGUUGGAUUCACAUAACUGUGGCCGUUUACCAUCCGCAAACAUUCAGUUAGCUCGACGAUUAACAUCUGGAAUAUUUCGUACUACGAACAACGAACAGCCCAUUGAUAGGCGAGUGUCAAACAUAACCUACUCAAACAUCUCGCAUCCUCAAACCAAGCGGUUUACUUCAAUGUCGAACGGAAAAAUCGAUAUCAAAUUACUUCGCUUUGAAGAUAUCAGCUUGUUUUUAUGUCGUGCUUCCUUCGAGAUACUGAUGGCAGUUGUGCAUCGUGAUUCACAAGGCGUUGCUCAGCCGCAAUUGAAUUUACUGUUUUUGGCAGAGGAGCUAAAGGAAAACGUAGCGAGAAAUCUUUCCACUACCUCAGGUUGGAAACAAAUUUUCGGAUGGUCCUCCUGUUGUGAUUCGACCUCUUGGGUGUCCGAGAUCAAACGGCUGACAGAGAACCGAACGUUUCUCGGCCUACUAGGAAUUAUCAAAAUGUUUUCCGCCGAUCUAAAUUUUAAUGUCGUCCUAUGCAGCUUAGAUGUAGCGGCUGUUCUGCUUAAUCCUUUGUAUUCUUUCGGCAAAUCCUGUGAGCUAAAAGGUGGCCUCUGCGACCAAUUGCAUACGAACGAAUCGCAUUUUGCCUGGUUAGUAACGAGUUUUCUAUGUUUGCUGUUCAACGGAUUCAGCGAUGGAAAGUUGGUUGUCCGGGUUGCUGCAACAAAACUUGCAUUACUGCUUGCACGUCUACCGGGUGCACCAAUGCUCAUUAUUCGUCACUUUUGUGGUCUUGUAGCAUCAAGCGCUGCAGAUCAUUUAGAACAAUCAGAAAAGAAUAUCAGGUUACUGAAAUCGGCAAACGUUUCUCAAAACAGCAGAUUGGUUCAAGAGGCGAUUGAUCUCGUCACUACUCUUUUGUUGACACUACCCAGUGCUGAUUUCAAUAUUUCAGAGGUCUGCCAAAUGGUUGUUAAACCGGGUUUGUUGGACGAAAAUCCCCUGGUAAGUUAUCUGGCAUCUGGCACCAGUUUCUACCCGUCUUGUGCGUCGUAA